CGUUCCCAAAGCAAACAAUCCCCGAUCUGACCCAGUUUUCCCCCAAAUGGCGACUCCCCCAUCCCGCGAGCAAAUUGUGUACCUGGCGAAACUCGCCGAGCAGGCCGAGCGCUACGACGAAAUGGUGGACUUCAUGAAGAGUCUCGUUUCUCUCUCGGGUUCCGAUGAACUCACCCCGGAGGAGCGCAACCUCUUCUCCGUAGCCUAUAAGAACGCUGCCGGCUCCCGCCGCGCCUCCUGGCGGAUCGUCUCCUCCAUCGAACAGAAGGAGGAGAGCCGCGGCAACUCCGACCACGUUUCCGCUAUUCGCGACUACCGUGCCAAGAUCGAGUCCGAGCUCUCCUCCAUCUGCGGUGGCAUUCUCAACCUGCUCGACUCCAACCUCGUUCCCUCUGCAUCCACUGGCGAAUCCAAGGUCUUUUAUCUGAAGAUGAGGGGCGAUUACCAGAGGUACUUGGCCGAGUUCAAGACCGGCAACGACCGCAAAGAGGCCGCCGAGAGUACUCUCACCGCCUACAAAGCUGCUCAGGAUAUUGCAAAUUCCGAGCUGGCUCCAACUCAUCCCAUCCGGCUAGGACUGGCUCUGAACUUCUCCGUGUUUUAUUAUGAGAUUUUGAACUCUCCUGACCGGGCUUGCGGCCUUGCAAAACAGGCUUUUGACGAAGCCAUCGCUGAGCUGGAUACGCUGGGAGAGGAUUCGUACAAGGAUAGCACUUUGAUAAUGCAGCUUCUUCGUGAUAAUCUCACUUUGUGGACUUCAGAUAUGCAGGAUGACGGUACGGAGGAGAUCAAAGAAUCCCCAAGUGAGCAGGAGAAGUGAAGUUUCUCCUCUAAGAUUAAUUAUUGUGCUUGUCCUCUGUUUUUAAUUGGAGAAGUUGCUAGGUCCCAUUAUUUACGGGACUCUGAGGUGUUGCAUGCCUCAUGCCUUGAUUUGUGAAUCGUAGAAUUCAUACUAGAUGUGUGAAAAGUGUCUUAUUUUUAUCGUUGAGCCUUUCUGUGGCUUUCCUUUCCAUUUACAGUUGAAGUCUCUCAGAAUCUCUAUGUUUAAUUACUUACUUUUGAUUAUGGAAGGACCAGCGCUCCUGGGUAAUGUUUGACAGAUAAUGUUAUCCCUGGAAACGGAAUUCCCUUCAAAACCUAUGUAUUUGGUUGGUUUUGUCGUUUUAUCACAUUUUAUUUUUCUAACC